AUGCCGGAGAAAACAAAGCAGCAAAAUCCCCAUAAAAUUUUGGUGGCUGCCAUUGACAUCGGCACAACUUAUUCUGGCUAUGCCUAUUCCUUCAAGGACAACUGGACAAAAAUUAAGACAAGCGAUUGGUCCAAUUGGAACCCGAUGUCUCACAAAGCCCCAACAGCCCUCCUCUUAAACCCAGACAGGACCUUUAAUUCAUUUGGCUAUGAAGCUGAGAAAAACUACAUUGAUCUUCUUGAAAGUGGGGACAAAGACUAUUACUUUUUCCAAAGAUUUAAGAUGAUUUUGGAAACAGCAUUAGAAAAAAGAGUCAACAUAAAAACCAAAUGUAUGGAUGAAAACAAAAAGGAACUUGACGCCAUUGAGGUUUUCACCCAUUGCAUACGAUAUUUGAAAGAUCAUCUUCUUGAAAACUUGAAUAAUACGCUCAUCAACAAAAUUGAAGUAAACAAUAUCACUUUUGUUAUAACUGUGCCAGCAAUAUGGGAUGAUGUCGCCAAAAAGUUCAUGAGGAAAGCUGCAGAAGCCGCCGGAAUUCCAAGUGCUCAGUUGCUUCUAGCACUGGAACCAGAGGCUGCAUCUAUUUAUUUUCUAUUCACGCAACCGGAUAAUCAAGAUGGCACAAGGAUGAAAGGAAUGGCAGACACUGAAUACGUGAUCCUUGACAUCGGAGGUGGAAAAACAGAUAUUACAGUACACCAACAGCAAAAUCAUAAUCUAGUGGAACUUAUUCCAGCAACUGGUGGGGCAUGGGGAGACACAUGUGUAGAUAAAGCGUUCUACAUAUUUCUAGAGAAUAUUUUUGGUGAUGAGGUCUUGAAAAGGUUUUCGUCGGAAGGGGAAUACAAGGUAGACUAUUUUACAUUCUGGCAGGAAUUUGAGAAAACCAAGAUAAAGAACGGGAGAAGAACCUGUGUGAGAAACAAUGUUCGUAUACAUCUUCCAUUCGUAUUAUUGGAGAUUGCUAAAGAAGUGUUAAACAAUAAAGACAUGGAAGAGAAAGAGCCAAUAAAUCGAUGUAUUGAAAACUCCAAAUAUCGUGGUAAGGUACGAUACCAAAGAGGAGUUUUAAUUGUGCCAUCUAGAAUUUUCGAUGAAAUAUUUCAUCCUAUGAUAAGAAACAUCACAACUCAUCUUGAAGGUAUUUUCAGAAAAGAAAGCAAAUAUAUUAACACAUUACUAAUGGUAGGAGGAUUUGCUUAUAAUGAUGUAUUGCGGUCUGAAAUAAGGGAAAAGUUUCAGGACAAGCGUGUGGUAACACCUGAGCAGGCAGAGCUGGUUGUUUUGAAAGGAGCGGUGUAUUUUGGUCAUAUUCCAGACGUUUUUACUACACGGGUAGCCCGGUAUACAUACGGGAUUGAAACCUGUCCGCGAUUUGAUAGCUUUAUACACAGUUUGAAGAAAAAAGAGAUUAUUUCGGGAGAAGAAAGGUCUAGAGAUGUCUUCUUGAAAUUUAUUUCCAGAGGAGAAUAUAUUGAACCAGGCAUGAGGAAGUCAUAUAUUUUCCAGUCGCGGCAAAAUGAAGAGAGAAAAGUUGAGUGUGGAGUGUUUAUAUCAAAUUCUGAAGACCCCUUCUACAUUGAUGAAAAAGGAUGCUUCAAAUUAGGCACCAUAGAAAUUCCAAUAUGCGAUCGAAUUGUACCGGCUGAGAUUGAAAUGUCAUUCAUUUUCGGAGAAACGGAAAUUCGCGUGACAGCAAGUAACUUUGCAACUGGUAAGCAAUACGAAGUAAAAUUCGAUUUGUUGGCUGAAGGUAUCGAUAUGCCUGAUAGCAGGACUUAG